GAUGGUUGUUUACAACACCUAACAACCUUUUCAGCCUGUGUGCUUUGAAACACACUAAUUGAACUUCAUGGAAUUCGAUAAAACGACCCCCACAACAUCAUCCUGAACCGUCUUCUGAAGAAAUUCCACCGGUCAUGGGGAGUGGGGGGUUGGGCUUAGACUACUGGCUUCAAUGGCAAGUACUUGUCUCUGCUCUCAUCAUCCUUCUCCCCACUCUCACCUCCAUAAGAUUCAUCAUCACUAAACACAACAACACACCUGCCAACAAUCAUCAUCAUCAUCUAUGGAUGCCUUACUGGCGGAACCUCCACCCUGUCUGCCUUCUUCUCUACCGCCUUUUCGCCUUCGUUUCCAUGACCUAUUUCUUAUAUCUCACUGUUAUUGGAUUAGGCCCCUUUGUCUUCUUUUUCUACACACAGUGGACCUUUUUACUGGUCACAAUCUACUUUGCGCUUGCGACCAUCAUAUCUGCUCGUGGCUGCUGGAUGCUCUUUAAUGAGCAUUCCCAUCCAAUUCCAAAUCAUGAGAGAGAUAAGUUUCUGAAAAAAGAUUCUAGCUCUGUUGAAGAUACCACGGUGAAAGAUAACGAGGUUUCCAUCAAGCCGCAAAUGCAAUUUAAUCAGGAAUCCGGGUUUUGGGGAAAUCUUAUGCAGAAUAUCUAUCACACUUGUGCAGGUGCUGUUGUGCUUACAGAUAUCGUAUUUUGGGGCCUAUUACUCCCGUUUCAGACUGGUGAUGACUUCAAGCUUACCCUGUUGAUUGGUUGCAUGCAUUCCCUUAAUGCUGUUUUUCUCCUCAUCGAUUCUGCUCUCAACAGUUUACAAUUCUCUUGGCACGGGUUAACAUACUUUGUCUUAUGGAGCGCAACCUAUAUAACUUUCCAGUGGGUUAUGCAUGCGUGUUGCCUUACAUGGUGGCCUUAUCCUUUCCUUGAACUUGCCACUCCAUGGGCUCCUAUGUGGUAUUUCGGCAUUGCUUUGUUUCACCUUCCAUGUUACGGGCUAUAUCUUCUGAUUGUGAAAGCGAAAACGUCAAUGUUUCCUCGCUCUUUUAUAAGGUGGUUGCCCCCUAUCUUUUCUUUUAAAGCAUGAAGAUAUAUUUCCAUCAUAAAAAGAAAAGAAAAGAAAAGUAAAUUAAUUUUCAUAUGCUACCCUCUUCAUUUGGUUCUUGGAUUGAUUGAUUAAUGGUCGAGAAAUUUCUGAAUAAGCUGAUACUUUCAUGAUAGGGUGGUCGCAAAUGAGAAGCAGAUGUAAGCCUUUGGCCUCGACCCUCGAGUCUUUCAUUAAACAAUAUGCAUUGCUAUCAUAUUAUGUUAAGAGUCCUCUUGUAAUUGUAGCAUCUUUUGUCUAUAGUUAAACUAAAACUAGUUCGAAAACCUGUUCUUAUUUAAACGGAAACAAUUUCAAACACUAUAUUUCCAUUC